AUACCUGAUGAUCCAAUCCUUAAAUAAGUAAAUUAUGAAAAGACAAAUUUGGCGCUUUGAUUUGAUUCUGGUUGUUUAUUAAAAUGCUGCAAAAUCAUAACAUAAAAAACAAUGGAUAGAAUAGAGUAAGCUGAGCAAAAUGUACAGCCUCGAAGGUUAUGUAACACAUGGGACAUAUGAGGGUAGCAGAUCACUCAGUGACAGAGAAUGAAGUGUUAAAUACAGCAGCAAUAAAGGUUGUAAUAUAAAAUGAUUAAAAAAAAGAAGAAUAUCUGUUUUGGACAGUCUCGUCUGAAGGAAAAGAUAUUUCGACAGAGAUGUCCACAAAAAUAUAGCCGGCAUUUAAAGUGGCCUAUAAACUGUAGGUGCAAACAUCAUUGUACGAAUCAUGAUUUCUCAAAAGAGGCGCAAAUGUUUUUAUUUUUUUUAUUUUUUUUAAGCUUGAUACAUAGAAAAAAUGUGGGAGUACAUUUAAACUUUUACCCUGUAGGUGGCGAUAGUGACAUUUCGAGUUUGAGAUUCACUAGAAAUGAAGAACGUAGCCUAUACGCGAGACAAAUAUUUUGGCGGGUGUGUGGACUGCACGUAAGUUGAACGAAAGUUCUAUUAAACCUGAAACGGAAACCGUCGGAUCAUUAAAAUGAAUAGUGAUCUAGCGUUAGUUGUUUGUAAAUGACAAACAUAUGUUUGUGUCAAGAAAGACAUACUAAAUGACAAUGGCUGCUUUGAAACUGGUUGACGGCAAGCACCAUGAAACAUCACAUCAUACCUAUCGCAUGCAGAGCUCAAAGAGACAUGAGGCAGACGGUACAGUAAAGGUGGAGUGUGUGAUUAAAGAGGUGGAGAUCCGCACUAAGUUCAGGCACCUCACCAUGAGCCAGUCCGAAGCAGCUGACCCAUGUCAGACCAAUGCUGGGUCCCGCUGGAAGUCAUUCAAAAGUAAGGGGCAUACCAGACCUGUCAGCACUCUGGCUGACAAAUGCCAAGAGUCUGAUCAGGAUUGCGGGGACGAUGAUCUCUUCGACCUCACCAACAGCUCUCGUAGUUGCCGCGACGGGUGGAUGAAGAGCUCUGAGAGUCCUACAUGGGGUUUGGAUGGAGGUUCGUCCCCAGUCACUUACAGUUUGGUUCUCCUGUCAGACGGCAUUGAGUCGGAGGCAGCGUGCUCAAACGCAGAGUCGGCAGAAAUGGUCCUCGUCUCAGAGAGCGAGGAUGAACCUUUGGACCUGAGCCUGUCGCCAUAUUCAGGCCCCAAUGUAUCUCCUGAACGGAUUAUCUCUCCUGUGACCCACAUGCUGUCCCUUUCUCAGAGCCAAGAGCCCUCAUCGCCGGAGAGCAGUGGGGCAGAGGCUGGCUUGACGUUUAGGAUUGGUUUUAGUGGGAGGGAGUCUGCCCCGACUGGCCGUGGAAGUGAGGGGUUGAUUGUGAUAGGCUGUGAAGAUGAGGACUGUGAGGACGGGAGUGUGUCGGACGGCUCCCACUGCUCCUUCGCCUCGGGCCCCAGCAAACUGCGGAGUCCCAUUCCCCAGAGGCCGUGUGCCAGCUGCCUGAGGCUCCAUGCAAAUAUGAAGAGGCAGCCCAACAGGACGAAGACCAGGGUGAAAGAUCCAGCCUGUUUGGACUAUGACCAGUGGAUGCUGUUAAAACCGUGGCGAAGUCGAGGAGUGCACGGCUUUCCCAGAGUGAGGGGGAAGUUGUUUGAGCAUCUUCCUUUGAUCCGGCGGCGUGCAAAAGUCCGGGCUGAGGAAGACCUAGAGGAUAAAUAUGAAGUCUGUACAAGACCUCAUGUGUUUCUGCAAAGAAACUUUCGACAUUGCCAGAAGUCUCAGCCAAAAUUCCUCAAGCGCAAACAGGUCAGGAAAAGGGCAGGGUCAAGAGGGGGUCGAAGGUCAGCUAACCUCUGGCCCCCAAUUGGGGGCCCUAUAGCGAAGAAGAAGAGGAAGAGCUUGGAGGACUCCAUAAACAAGAAGAGAAAGAGUGUGAGAGAGGAGAAAAAUAUGAGAAGGAGACGAGAGGAGACGAGUGUGACAGAUGAGCAGGACGAAGACAGCAUGCUGCUGGGUAAGGAGCACCCUAGCUAUGACGUCACUGCAGACUGCAGUAUAGAGGAAAAUGCAAACCGGCAAAGUCCAGACAGACGUAUGGACACGAUCACUGACACACAGACAAAUGGAUGCCCUGACAAGCAUGUAAAUGUCAAUGCACAAAGCCACUCAGACAGACACGCAGGUGCUGAUAUAGGCAGUCGGCCACACAGGCGCACAGACAGAAAUGCAGUCGGUAGCUCAGAUGGCCGAGAAGCCAGACUGGGAGACCUUAGGACAGACAGACGCAGAGACAAACAGUGUUCAAACCAAGACUCUGUCUUGAAAGCAGAUGGACAUAGUAAAGUGAAGGCAGUCAAGCAUAUAGUCAGUGGUUCAGACAGGCAUGCAGAUAUAAGCACAUAUAAGCCCAUUAUUCGUCUGGUUAGAUGCGGUAAUGUGAGGGGGGAUUUCAACACAGCAAGACAAAUGGACAGACCCAGGCAGGCGCCACACAGUCCGGAGAGUCGGUCAAACAAUCAUCUCGAGGUUGCUUCAAGCAGGCAUUCAGAUGUAGCCCCAAGCAUUCACUUAAACAGCCCCUCAAUAAUGAUUGGAAACAAAGUCUUGGACGGUGCAGGUAGUCUCGUGGACAGUCGUGUAGAAGUUAGUUCAGACAAACGUGCUGAUUUGAGCUCUUGUGGCAAGGCAGGCGCGGGCCAGACUCGCAGGUCUCUCACAUUUGAAGACCUGCUGAAAAAACCUCCCUCCACCACGCCCAUGAUGAGCGUCUCCAAAGCAACCCCAGUGUUGGGGUCAGAGGACCCAUACACGUUCCGUACCCCAACACCUCCCGGAGCUCAGACUUUCGAAAUGCUCAGGAAGCACCACCCGUUUGCCCGCACCUAUGAGAACACGGGGGCUCGACCAGCUGGCUUCAAGUCCAUGUUGAGCACUCUGGAUCGGAAGCACUGCGCUGUUGUCCGGGAGAACUACCCCUGAGUGGCGAGGGGAUGGUUGGGUGCAGCAGCCAUUGAAGUACACUUAUUGCCUGUUCUGAGCAGUUCAUGCAGUUCUUUGCACCUUAUCUUUAUAGCCUAUGUGGGGAAAAUGUUAAAGUAUUUAUUGUUAUUGUGUUGUGUUGUUAUUGUGUUGAAAUGUGUAUUAUUAGUUGAUCCUUUGUACUUGAAAGAAGCAUUAAGCUUAAUUUUCCUUACUGAUAUCCUAAAUCAGCCUAUAAGUGUGGCUGUCAGACCUGUCUCACAUAAAGUGGAUUGGAUAAAAACAGAGCUUUUUGAAGGGUGUGCAUUGUGUCUCAUUAAUGUUCUAUGAUGCAUUUUGAAAUUGAGAGGAUUUUGUUGGAAAAAGUACUUUGAAGAAAUAAAUAAAACGUUUUUGCAGGU